UGAAAGCGAAUGAAGAGUUCAGGAUUCGCUAAAACUACUGUGAAAAAUCACUUCUCAACAAAGUCCAACCUGGCAACGUGUUUCAACAGAUACUUGGACAAAUCCAAUGUCUCUUCCUGGAACUCAAUCAUCGCCGAGUUAGCUCGCGGUGGCGACUCUACCGAAGCUCUCAGAGCCUUCUAUUCAAUGCGCAAACUUUCUCUUAAACCUAACCGAUCCACUUUCCCUUGCGCAAUCAAGGCUUGCUCUGCUUUGCUCGAUCUUUACUCCGGAAAACAAACCCAUCAACAAGCUUUAAUCUUCGGCUAUGACACUGACCUCUUUGUAUCAUCAGCUCUCAUCGACAUGUACUCAAAAUGUGGCCAACUGAGAGAUGCCCGUAUCCUGUUUGAUCAAAUUCCUCAACCAAAUAUAGUAUCUUGGACUUCUAUGAUUGCAGGAUAUGUCCAGAACAAUAAUCCCCUCCAAGCUUUAUUGCUUUUCAAGGAAUUGUUGAUUCAGGAAAGUGAAAAUGAUGGAGAUGCUGCAAAUGAACCCAUUUUCAUUGAUUCAGUAGCUAUUGUUUCCGUCCUUUCCGCUUGUUCUCUUGUUCCCAUAAAAGGAGCAAGUGAAGGCGUUCAUGGAAUGGUUAUAAAGAAGGGAUUUGAUGGAGAUGUGGCUGUUGAAAACACAUUGCUUGAUGCAUAUGCUAAAAGGGGCGAUGUGGCUGUAUCUAGGAAAGUGUUUGAUGCAAUGGUCGAGAAGGAUGCUGUUUCUUGGAACUCUAUGAUUUCUGUUUAUGCACAAAAUGGGAUGUCUAACGAGGCUUUGGAGGUUUUCUAUGAAAUGGUAAGGGAUGAUAAUGUCAGUUACAGUAUCAUUACCCUUUCUUCUGUGCUUUUAGCUUGUGCUCAUUCAGGUGCUCUGCAAGCCGGAAAGUGUAUACAUGACCAGGUUAUAAAGAUGGAUUUGGAGAGUAAUGUGAUUGUCGGAACUUGCAUCAUAGACAUGUAUUGCAAAUGCGGAAGAGUUGAAAUGGCAAGGAAGGCAUUUAAUUGCAUGAAAGAGAAGAAUGUCAGGUCAUGGACUGCCUUGAUCACUGGUUACGGAAUGCAUGGUCGUGCCAAAGAAGCUUUAGAUGUCUUUUAUGAGAUGAUAAGAAAUGAGGUUAGACCAAAUUACAUAACUUUUGUGUCAGUUCUUGCCGCUUGUAGCCAUGCUGGUCUGGUGCAAGAGGGCUGGAAUUGUUUUAAUGCAAUGAAGGAGGAAUUCAAAGUAGAACCUGGGUUGGAACACUAUAGUUGCAUGGUUGAUCUUCUGGGGCGAGCCGGAUAUCUCAACCAUGCUUACAACUUGAUCAAGGAGAUGAAGGUAACACCUGAUUUUGUAAUCUGGGGUUCACUUCUUGCGGCUUGUAGGAUGCACAAGAAUGUGGAGCUUGCCGAGAUUUCUGCCAAUAAGUUGUUUGAAUUAGACUCAAAUAAUUGCGGGUACUAUGUCUUACUUUCUAACAUAUAUGCCGAUGCUGGAAGAUGGGAAGAUGUAGAGAGAAUGAGACUUCUUAUAAAGGAUCGCGGACUAGUUAAAUCACCUGGAUUCAGCUUGGUUGAACUGAAAGGCAAGGUCCAUGUUUUCUUGGUUGGGGAUAAAGAGCAUCCUCAACAUGAGAAAAUAUACAAGCAUCUGGAAGAGCUAAAUGUGAAGCUGCAAGGAGUUGGAUACAUACCCAAAUUGACAUCAGCUCUUUAUGAUGUGGAUGAGGAAGAGAAAGGGUUGACGUUGCGGGUUCAUAGUGAGAAGUUGGCAGUUGUGUUUGCAAUAAUGCAUACGGCUCCUGGUGCAACAAUCCAUGUUAUUAAGAAUCUUAGAAUUUGUGGGGAUUGUCAUACCUUCAUUAGUUUGAUCUCAAAGAUUGUUGAUCGGGAAAUCGUUAUAAGAGAUUCAAAGCGGUUUCACCAUUUUAAGGAUGGGUCAUGUUCUUGCGGAGAUUAUUGGUGACAUGUAUGAUUUGUUGAUAUCAAGAGAAGUUUCAAGGUUAGAAUAAGAUGUAAACUGUGAGGUUCAGGUACCUUUUGUCACGGAUUGACGAGGAAUUCGAGAAAGAAUGCCGACUGUUGAAAAGAUUAAAUGGCCGAUGGAUUGGUCAUAUGGAACCGAAAGAAGAGUAGGUAUUUAUUUUUUGGUAAACUAUCUUGGAGAC